AUGAACAAUAAGAUAGAGCAAUAUUUAGAUAAUAAUGAAGAAGUAUUAUACAAAUAUUUAAAAAAGUAUUUUGGGUUAACAACAUUCAGACCAAAGCAAUUAGAAAUCAUUAAACACACAUUAAAAGGCUAUGACUCUUUUGUGUCUAUUGCAACGGGUGGUGGCAAAUCGUUGUGCUACCAACUACCAUCAUUAUUGUUAAAGAAAACAACUUUUGUAAUCUCUCCAUUAAAAUCUUUAAUUUCAGAUCAAACAAUAAAAUUAAGAUCAUUAGGUAUUAAAGCAAUUAAAUUAUCAAGUGAUAUUAAAGAUUCAUCAAAAGAAUAUAAUGAUAUAUUUAAAGGAUUAUAUAGAAUAGUAUUUAUAACUCCAGAAAGAUUGGUUAAUGAAGUAAUGUCAAUAAAUAAGUUAGUAGAAAAUAAUGGAGUAUGUUUAUUUGCGGUUGAUGAAUGUCAUUGUGUCAGUCAAUGGGGUACUGAUUUUAGACCAAGCUAUAGAAGAUUAGAUAUUUUAAGAAAUAUGUUUCCAAAUGUACCAACAAUGGCCUUAACCGCUACAAGUACCACAGAAGUCGAGAAUGAUAUUAUUGAAGUGUUACAAUUGCAAAAUGAUAAUUUCAAGAUAUUUAGAUCCCCAAAGAACCGUGAAAAUAUAUUUUAUAAAGCCAUUUACAAAGAAACUGAAAACAAAGAUUACGAAAUGAUACUAAAGAUUAUAAAUGAAACAAGAAAAAGCAUUGGAGGUGUAUCAAACUCAACAAUUAUAUAUUGCCCUACAAUCCAAACAUCCAUAGAUUUAAAUCAAUAUCUUCAAGCAAAUAAAAUUUUAUCAAAUUGUUAUCACUCUCAAAUGUCCGAUCCUCAAAGAGAACAAGUUUUGAAGCAGUUUUUAUUCAAUAAAACCGAGGUAGUUUGUGCUACAAUUGCCUUUGGUAUGGGUAUCGAUAAACACGAUAUUAGAGUUAUCAUACACUAUGGCCCAAGCAAAAGUGUAGAAGAAUAUUAUCAAGAGAGCGGCAGAGCAGGUCGUGACGGUUUGCCAUCCUUAAGUUUAGUAUUUUUCAGUUUACAAGAUUUCACCAAAGGUUCAUUGAGAAUUAAUUUCGGUGGUAAUCAUCAAACCAAAUCAAAUAAGAUUGAUAAAUUAACUCAGCUAAAGAAUAUUAUGGUUAAUCGUACUGAAUGCAGAAGGAAGGCCAUACUCUCUGUAUUCAACGAACAAUACAGUGUCCCUCCAAAUGGAUGUGGUGGCUGUGAUAAUUGUACAGAAGAAAAAGAUACCAGUAACCUUUUAGAAUUAACUCACGAGUCUAGAAUACUAAUCAACUGUAUUUUUGAAGCAGGUCAAAGCUGUGGUAUGAAAACUAUAAUAAAUAUAUUACGUGGUUCAACUAGCUCGGAUUUAGCUCAAAAACACUUAAAAAAUUCAUAUUAUGGUAAAGGCAUUUCAUUUAGUCUUAAAUUUUGGAAAGAAUUAGCAAAUCAACUAAAAACAUUGGACUACUUGACUGAAACAACAUCCAAUGUUUAUACAAUUACUAAAUUUUCAAAAAAAGGUUGGGAAUUAUACAAGUCACCAGAUCUUAAAGUUUUCAUUGGUUCCAAUAAAAUUUUAAAAGAUGAAUAUAAAUUAACAAAUUUUUAUAAAAAUCAACUUUCCUCAAAAAAACUUUCCACCUCAAUCUCAAUCUCUUCGACUAUAUCUCCCUCAAAAAAUAAUAUUAUUUCAAAUAAAUGGAGCGUCCUUGCCGCACCUACCUCAAAUUCAAAUAUUCAAAGCUUAUUUCAAAUUCUAGUAGAAUAUAGAAAAUCACUAUCGGCUUUAACGGAAAUACCAGAGUUUCUCCUAUUCUCUGAAAAAACCCUCAGACAUAUAGCUGAAACUAGACCAUCCUCAUUAGAUUCCCUUAGACUUAUUGAAGGUUUAGAAGAAAAGAAAAUUAAAGAUCAUGGUAAUUCAAUUUUAUUAAAAGUUAAAGAAUUUUCCAAACAAAAAUCAUUAAAUUUAGAUAAUUUCCCAAGCAAUAAUAAUAAAAAUAAUAAUAAUAGUAAUAAUAAUAAUAAUGUAAAUAACAAUAAUAACAAAAUAACUUCUACCAUCUCACAUAUCCCCGAACCACCAAAAUCACAAAAAGAUAAAAAUAAUAUAUCCACUAUUUUCAAUAUUAUUAAAGGUUUUAAUACAUCUCCUCAAUCAAAGCAAAAAUUAGAUGCUAACGAUAACAACAAUAAUAAUAAUAACACAAGUUUCCAAUUUAAUGUUAGAUCUAGUAGUACAGGAAGUUUAAAUAGUAGCAGUGAUAGUAUUAAUAACAUUAGUAAAUCAGAUAGCUCAAACAAUAUUUUAGGUGAAAAGAGAAAGAGUGAUUUAAGUAAUACAGGUGAUAAUAAAAGAUUUAAAAUCUCUGUCAAAAAUUUAUCAUUUGCUGAAAUAUAUAACCACAAACCAUCACUCACUCCAAUAAACUAUUUCGAUAUCAAAAAUCAUUUUAAAUCAAUUAGAGAUCAAUCAUAUAGAAACAACCCAAAAAGAAUACCACCCAAACAAUAA